CAAAAUCCCCCUGUAGGGGGGGCACGCCCGACGUAACUAUACGGGCCGACCGUGCACAUGCACCGAGCAAUUCCUCGCAGGAGGCGUCCAACACGCUGUACGCCCUGGCGCUGCUGCGCCAGAGGUGCGAGGCGGCGCUGGCGGGCGUGUGCGGCCGGGCCCAGGGCGCGCUGCCGGAGUUCAGCCCGCAGGGCCUGGCCAACGCGGCGUACGCCCUCGGGCUCCUCUCGGUACGGGCCCCCGCCGCUCCUCGGGGCCCUGUGCUCCCACCUGCCGUCGAGGCUGGCGGCCUUCAACGAGCAGGAGGUCUCCAACACGGUCUACGGCCUUGCGCGGCUCCGCUUCAGGCACGAGCCCUUCCUGCGCGCCGCCUGCGCGCACAUUCGCGACGGCGCCGCGGGGUACUCCGCCAGAGGCCUGUCCAGCACCCUGUACGCGCUGGCGCUGCUGCGCUUCCGCGACGACGCGCUGCUGGAGGAGGCCUGCUCGCAGGCCACCCGCCGGCUGCCCGAGUUCAACUCGCAGGACGUCUCCAACACGGUGCACUCCCUCGGGCAGCUGCACUUCCCGCACCGGGGCCUGCUGCGCACCCUCGGCGCCCAGGUGCCCGGCCGCCUGGGCGAGUUCACCAGCCAGGGGGUGGCCAACGUCAUGCACGCCCUGGGGCUCCUGCAGCUCCGCCACGCCGGCCUGCUCGGCGCGGUGUGCGCGCACGUGGCCGGUGGGCGGCCGGGCGGGCUCCCGGGGCGCAGGGCGCCGCCGAGCGGCAGGUGGGCGCCUGGGCGAGUUCUCGGAGCACCCUCUCCUGCGUCGUCUACGCCCUCGGGCUGCUCCGCUUCGCGGACGCGCCGCUGCUGCGGGCGCUCGCGGCGCACCUGCCGGGCCGGGCCGCGGAGCUGACGCCCCAGGGCCUCUGCGUCACGGCGCACGGGCUGGCGCUCGCCGGCUUCCGCCGCGGCCGCCUCGCGCGGCCGGGCCCGGCAG